CUGAGUUGCCGGUGCCCACGUUACAGCUCCAUUUUCAGGAUUUUGAAACAUAAUUAUUGACUUAAAGUCAAUAUUGUUGAAAAAAGAUGGCAUCAGUAACAGCGUCAGAAGACAGGCUGGCGUCGGGUCACCGGCUGUCGCACCCUCCGCCUGGCGACGAGGUGCUCAUCACCGGCGUCUCUGGCUACUUCCCUGACUCCGACUCUGUCGUACACCUGCAGGAGAACCUCUUCAAUAAGGUUGACUUAAUCUCAGGUGACGGCCGACGAUGGAAGCUCGCUCACCCAGAGAUUCCUCAGCGCACGGGGAAGAUCAACAAUGUCAACAAAUUCGACGCGUCCUUCUUUGGAGUACAUUUCAAACAGGCGCAUACUAUGGACCCUAUGUGUCGGAUCCUGCUUGAGAAGGCGUAUGAAGCCGUCAUUGAUGCUGGUCUGAACCCGAAGGAACUUCGCAACACUAAAACUGGGGUGUUUAUAGGCGCUUGCUUCUCAGAGUCGGAAAAAACAUGGUUCUACGAAAAAAUGCAGGUUAACGGAUUCGGCGUCACUGGAUGCUCUCGAGCUAUGCUAGCCAACCGUAUCUCCUACUGGCUCGGAGUCACCGGCCCCUCUUACACCGUAGACUCAGCGUGCUCCAGCUCCCUGUACGCGCUCGAGCAUGCGUUCAGGGCGAUCCGUGAUGGACAUUGCGACUCUGCCAUCGUUGGCGGAUCCAACCUUUGUCUGCAUCCUUACGUCUCUUUGCAAUUCUCCAGAUUAGGUGUACUGUCUCCUGAUGGAAAAUGCAAGAGCUUCGACAAUAAAGCGAAUGGUUACGCUCGUUCUGAGGCCAUUGUAGUCAUCUUGCUGCAGAAGGCUAAAGAUGCCAGAAGGGUCUACGCACAAAUUCUCCACGCAAAGACGAACUGUGAUGGUUACAAAGAACAGGGCAUCACAUAUCCCGCUGGGCAUAUCCAACAGUUACUUCUGGACGAGUUCUACGAGGAGUGUUCCAUCCCUCCUAAUACUCUUGAGUUUGUGGAAGCUCACGGUACUGGUACAAGAGUGGGAGACCCAGAAGAACUGAAAGCGAUAGACGCAGUAUUUUGUACGGGGCGCUCUGAGCCGCUUAUGAUUGGGUCCGUCAAGUCCAACUUGGGUCACAGUGAACCUGCAUCUGGACUUUGUUCUGUGGCCAAACUGUGCAUAGCCUACACAACCGGAUAUAUUCCUCCAAAUCUAAACUACUGCACUCCGAGAGAGGGAGUGCCAGCUCUAGCUGAAGGGAAGCUGACGGUUAUAACGGAAAAGACACCAUGGAACCGCGGCAUGUCAGGAAUUAACAGCUUUGGGUUCGGAGGUGCCAAUGCUCAUACUCUGCUCAAAAACUUUGCGAGAGAAAAGGUCAACAACGGUAUACCAACUGAUGAUCUGCCACGUCUGGUAUGUGCCUCAGGACGUACAGAAUCAGCAGUAGCUAGGAUCCUCAAUGACCUGGAGUCAAAGACUGUUGACGCUGAGCUCAUCAGACUAUUGCAUGCUGUUCACGAUGAGGACGUAACGGGUCAUGUUGUACGAGGAUAUACCUUAUUAGCUUCAACACCAACACAGGCCGUCUCAUUAGCGCGUGAUAUCCAGUACUUCUCCGGCGUCCGUCGUCCUGUUUGGUUCGUUUACUCUGGCAUGGGCUCGCAAUGGGCUGGCAUGGCCACUCAGCUUAUGAGGAUCCCUAUCUUUGCUGAUGCCAUUAAGAAGUGCCACAAAGCGCUCGAGCCAAAAGGCAUCAACCUAACAAAGAUCAUCACGGAACCCGACCCGAAGAUAUACGACAAUAUCCUCAACUCCUUCAUUGGCAUCGCCGCUGUUCAGAUCGGUCUUACUGAUAUCCUAAAGGCUCUUGGUAUUGAGCCUGACUAUAUUAUUGGUCACAGUGUAGGAGAGCUUGGUUGCGCGUACGCAGAUGGCUGCUUUACCGCCGAACAAAUGAUUCUGUCUGCGUACAGCCGUGGUCUGGCUUCCAUUGAGACUCCUUUCAUUAAGGGAUCUAUGGCUGCUGUUGGACUUGGUUAUAGUGAAAUCAAGACCAUAGUUCCACCUGAAAUCGAAGUGGCCUGUCACAAUGGCCCCGACUCCAGCACGAUAUCGGGACCAGCUGAUAUCAUGAAGACCUUCGUCGCGAAGCUCGUUGCUCAAGGAGUCUUUGCUAAGGAAGUUCCUUGCUCUAACAUUGCCUACCAUUCGCGGUAUAUUGCUGAAGCUGGGCCAAAACUCCUGAAAUAUUUGAGAGAAGUCAUCCCUAUUCCAAAGCAACGUUCAGAGAAAUGGCUUUCGACGUCAGUGCCGCAAGCGUUAUGGAAGGACCCGAAGGCUGAAAUGUCUUCCGCUGAAUACCAUACCAACAAUCUUUUGAGUGCAGUACUCUUUGAAGAAACAGCUCGUCUGAUCCCAGCGAACGCAAUCACCAUAGAGAUUGCCCCACAUGGCUUGCUUCAAGCAAUCUUACGUCGCUCUUUGAAGAAGGAUGUCAUUAACAUCCCACUUACAGAGAGGAAGCAUCAAGACAAUGUACAAGUCCUCUUCACUGCUUUGGGGAAAUUGUACGAGGCUGGUUUGAAUCCACAUUUAGCGAAUAUCUACCCACCAGUGCAGUUCCCAGUAUCACAAGGAACCCCUAUGAUUUCACACCUAGUAGAAUGGGAGCACAGCGAGGACUGGUAUGUAACCUCAUACAAAGCUCAGGAGAAGAUGAAGACUGGAGAGAGGACAGUGCGUAUGUCCAUUGCUGAUGAAGACAGCGAAUAUAUGGCAGGACACGUUAUUGAUGGUCGUAACUUAUACCCUGCCACUGGAUACCUUGUCAUGGUGUGGGAAACACUUGGAAUGAUGUUGGGAGAGCUUUACACUGAAGUGUCUGUGGUUUUCGAGAACGUUCGAUUCCAGAGGGCGACGAACAUCCCGAAAGAUGGAAACCUGGAAUUCAUUGUCAUGAUACAGAAAGGAAGCGGGCAGUUCGAGAUCGUGGAAAGUGGAGCAUCCAUCGUAACAGGAUGUAUAUACGCUAAGAAGAAUGUCGGUCAAGACUAUAGAGUGCUACCGCCAGCGCCUGAAGCCACUGGUCCCAAUGUAAAACACAUGCUUACCAAAGAUUUCUACAAGGAAUUACGUCUACGAGGAUAUCAGUAUAGUGGCAUCUUCCGAAGCAUCAUCGGCUGUAACGUUGAAGGCACUCGUGGUCGCCUCGCCUGGUCCAACAACUGGGUGGCCUUCAUGGAUUGUAUGCUCCAAAUGAGAAUCGUCAGCCAAGACACGCGCGGUCUCUUCGUUCCUACCAGAAUUCAGAAGCUCUGCAUUGAUGCUAACAUGCACUAUGACGCCAUAUCUAAAAUGAACCCUGAUUCUACUCGACAGUCCUUUGAGAUUCGAGUCUAUCCCCACGUUGAUGUUAUAAGGGCUGGUGGCGUGGAAAUUCGGGGACUACAUGCGACGCCUAUUUCUAAAAGAAUUCCUUUGGGCGUACCAGUACUUGAAAAGAAUGUAUUCAUUCCUAACUUCGGAAAAUCAAAAAUGAAGAUCGAAGACAUUCUCCGUGCAAAUAUACAGCUUAUUCUAGAAAACGUUCAAACAUACAAAGUCAAAAGCAUUGAACUUGCCGAUGAAGAAUAUAAAAACAAUAAUUUGGAACCUGUGAUAGAGACAGUGGGCGACAUUCUAGGUGACUUACCCCUAGUGCAAGCUGAAUUGUCCAUUUUCUCUGAAGAUCCUUUAGAAAUGCCGUCACAUAUCACUGUCGAAAAUAAAAAGUUACUUGGAGAAACUAACACUGUUAUAUUUGUCGGUGCUAAUUUGCUUAGAAGGCCAGAUGUACUUAAAUCAGCAGUUUCAACUCUCCGCGACAAAUGUUUCCUCAUAAGCCGAGAGAAAGAUCGCAUUAACCCUAAGGACUAUUCCGACAAAUACGAUAUCAUCACUAUGCAAGACACAGGCGUGGAAUACUUAGUUCUCUUCAGAAAGAGAGUUGGUGCCAAACCUGCGAAGUUCGUCAAAGUUGUCACAUCAGAUCAAACUUAUGCAUGGGUAGACCAAAUUAAGGAGGAGCUUAAAGCUGGACAAAAACUUGUUAUUUACAGUCAAGAUGAACAUAUAAAUGGACUGUUAGGUCUUAUUAAUUGUCUAAGAAGGGAACCUGGCGGUGAAAUAGUUACAGGUCUACUCAUUUCUGAUCCUUCUGCGCCACCUUUUAAUCCUGAUUUGGAGUUCUACGAAGAACAGUUGGAUAAGGAUUUGCCCAUAAAUGUUUAUCAAGAUGGUCAAUGGGGUACAUACCGUCACUUGCUCCUUGGAGAUAUGGAAACCGUUGAUGCACACCAUGCCUUCGUCAAUACUGUUACCAUUGGAGACCUUUCCACACUUAGAUGGCUUGAAGGGCCCAUCAGAGAAAACCAAGUAUUCAAGAACCCAGAGAGUGUUCUAGUACAUGUAUAUUGUUCUGCGUUGAACUUCCGUGAUGUGAUGACCGCUACGGGUCGUGUAACAGUGGAUGCUGUAGCGCGAGGCAGAUUGUCGCAAGAAUGUGUGCAAGGCUUCGAAAUCGUCGGUAGAACUAACAAUGGCGCUCGAGUGAUGGCUAUGGUGAAGAACAGCGGUUGCGCGAACAUGGUUGAAGCAGACAAAGCUCUGAUGUGGAACAUCCCUGACGAGUGGACCUUCGAAGAGGCCGCCACCGUUCCCGUCGCUUAUGGAACUGUUUAUUAUGCUUUGAUAAUGGUAGGCCAACUUCAACGUGGCGAGUCGAUCCUGAUUCACGCUGGUUCAGGAGGGGUCGGCCAAGCGGCCAUCAAUGUCGCUUUGCAUUACGGCUGCGAAGUAUUCACCACAGUCGGUACUGCAGAGAAACGGGCCUUUAUCAAGAAACUGUUCCCGCAACUUAAAGACAGUAACAUCGGCAAUUCUCGUGACACAUCAUUCGAAGAUAUGAUCCGACAGGAAACUAAAGGCAAAGGUGUCGACAUGGUCCUCAACUCACUGUCGGAUGAAAAACUACAGGCAUCUGUCCGUUGUCUUGGCUACCGAGGUCGCUUCCUCGAGAUUGGCAAGUUCGAUAUCAGCAACAACACGCUCAUCGGCAUGUACUGCUUCCUCAAGGAGCUCGCCUUCCACGGCAUCAUGUUGGACUACAUCUUCGAACAGGGAUACGAGUUUAGAAAGAGUUUGCAAGAUCUCCUCCUGUCUGGUAUGGAAAGUGGAGCAAUCCGCCCUCUUACAUAUUGCACGUUCAACAAAAAUGAAGUCGAAGCGGCUUUCCGUUAUAUGGCUGCCGGCAAACAUAUUGGAAAGGUCAUCAUCAAAAUCCGCGAUGAAGAACGAACUAACAGACCAGUUAAACCGAAAAGCUUCAAAAUCAAAGCUGUUCCAAGAUAUAUGUGUGAUGAAGAGCAAGUUUACGUCAUUGUGGGAGGCCUGGGUGGUUUUGGCUUGGAGCUGGCGGACUGGCUCGUCCUGAGAGGCGCAAGGAAGGUUUUACUCACGUCGCGACGAGGCGUCAGCAAUGGCUACCAGGCUUCACGUUUAAGAGCAUGGGCAAGCUAUGGUGCUGAUGUAAGAAUAUCCACACACGAUAUAACCACCGAAUCAGGCUGUGAAGAAAUGUUAAGAAUGGCCAACUCCAUGGGACCCGUUGAAGCUAUAUUCAAUUUGGCUGUCAUCCUCAAGGAUAGCAUCUUCCAGAAUCAGACUCCUGAGUCAUUCAAGAUAUCGUUUGCACCAAAAGCCUUGGCGACUAUGAAUUUGGAUAAAGUGUCGAAGAAAUUAUGUCCAGCUCUCAAGGACUUCGUAAUAUUCUCGUCCGUAUCUUGCGGUCGCGGUAACGCUGGCCAAGCCAACUACGGCUUCUCCAACUCCGUGAUGGAGAGGAUCUGUGAGUGGAGGAAGAAGCUCGGCCUGCCAGCCUUGGCAGUGCAGUGGGGUGCUGUUGGUGACGUCGGUCUAGUCGCUGACAUGCAAGAUGACGACGUGCAGUUGGAAAUCGGUGGGACUCUUCAACAGAGGAUCUCCUCCUGUCUCCUGGCGCUGGAUAAGUUCCUCAAGCAAGAUGCCGUGAUAGUAUCCUCCAUUGUGGUAGCGGAGAAAAAAGCUGGCGGUUCUGGCUGUGGUAGCAUGGUGGAUGCCGUUGCGCAGAUUAUGGGUAUUAAGGAUUUGAAGACAGUGUCCCAGCAAGUGUCGUUGGCUGAGUUGGGAAUGGACAGUAUGAUGGCAGUGGAGAUCAAGCAGACCCUUGAGAGAGAGUUCGAGAUCUUCCUCACUGCUCAGGAUAUCAGAACACUGACGUUCGCAAGGCUUGUAGAACUAACAGCUCAAAAAGAAGCAGCCGCGUCAACCGCAGUAACAGCAAGACCUGCAAUCUCUGACGAAGCAGCCGGUCUUAGGGUCCUCAUGAGGAACUUUGGUGAAGAGAAUCUCGCUACGGAACCCUUCAUCUAUAUGCCUACAAUGGUCAGCGAUGGAUCUGAGACGGACGUAUCAGUCCACGAAAACGAGAUGGUAAUGUUCAUGUUGCCUGGCUUAGAAGGCUGUGCUGCGGCAAUGGAGCCCUUAUGCCGACGACUUAAGAUCAAGAUUUGCGUGCUGCAGCUAGGAAUCGAAUACAGGCAAGAUACGCUGGAGAAGAUGGUCGAUAGACUGCGUCAGACCAUGCGAUCGAGGUUAAAUCCGGGAAUGUCUUACAUUCUCCUGGGUUACAGUUUUGGAACUCUACCCAUGUUGAAGUUAGCCAGCGUUUUGGAAAGCGAAGGUCACAGAGGAACAAUAUUCUGCAUCGACGGCGCUCCCGAAUUCCUUUACGCAAUUCUGACCUCAACAUUAGUCAAUGCGAAAAACGACAAACAACUACAAAAUAGCCUUAUUAAACACUCCAUGGAUAUAGUUAGUCCCAAGAAUGACAUUUCCGACACGUUGAUUGAAAAACUCAAUGAAAUAGAAUCGUACGAAGACAGGAUUCAGUACGCGUUGAAAGUUUGCCCCGUCCAACAGAAAUACUCGCACAAAUUCAUCAGCUCCAUGGCAAUAUCUUCAUACGAUCGGCUCAAAAUGGUCUUGAACUACACCGAAAAUGAUAUUAAAAAAGUUAAAGCACCUAUCAUACUUUUGCGUCCUAAAGAAAAUCCUCCGCAAAUAGUCAUUGAAGAUAAUUAUGGUUUAGAUAAAAUCACUGAAGGGCCGGUUGUUGUGCAUUAUUUAGAAGGCAACCAUGUUAGUAUAAUUGAAAAUAAGGACUGUGCUAAUAUAAUAAAUAGAUUAUUAGCGGAAAAGGAUGGUAAAGGCAAGGUGGCGCAGAGUGUUAUUACUAGUAUGAUUGAAAAACAACGUACUAUUGAGGUUUAAGUCGAUUUAAAGUCAUUAAGGAUCAAGUCAUUAAGGAAAGUCAAAUGUUUUUUAGAUAUAGCUAUAUAUAAGUUACUUGUAUCUCAAUGAAUAAAUAGUUGUGUAUUUUGAUAUUUUUUUUUUUGUAUAGUUUUAUCAAUUUAAAAUCGAUCAGUGUCUUUUUAUGUGUAUUUUCAAAUAAAUCUGUGAUUUAUGUCGUUUUAUAGAGAAUUUUAUAAAUGUCGCAAUUAAUAUACUCAUCAAAAUUAAUAUCCAUUGUUAUUGCAAGCUUAUCAUUUUUGUUUUUUUUUUUACAAUUUUGAGUUGUAGAAAAAGUUUAGUUAAGUUAUAGGUAUAAUAUUAUUAAUUAAGAGUGGGUAAUUUAUUAUUAUUUAAUAUUUAUUGAAUUAGCAGCUGUUCUAAGAUAAAGUUUUUGUUAUUUUUUUUUUCUAAGCGGACUUUAUGCGUGAAUGUUUUUUUUAUUAGAAUUGUUUUGUUGUUAAUUUUUUUUGUUAUAAUUAGAAUUAGGAAAAGAAAUCGAAAGACCAGUACCGAAAUAAAAUAUUCAUUAGUUUUUAAAAUCAAUUUUUAUUGAUUUUUAGAAUAAUUGUUUUUAGUGAUUUUUUGGAAUGGUGCUAUUUAAUUACUUUAGAAUAUACGUGCUAUAACAUUAAUUUUACUCAAUUUGUAAUUUCAUUGAUCAAUAAACUAAUUUAAAGUAUUGGUAUUAUAUGAGGUACUGGGUAAAAUGUGUGUUGGAUCAAAUAAAAUAUUUUUU